ACCGAGCGGUUUUCUAUGGGGAUGAUCUUCUGUGAUUCGAUAGAAGGGAAGAGGGAGGGAGUGUCGCUAUCUAUCACUGUAGAGUGAAGAUUGUGGUGUCUAUAAAUAGGCUUCUCUGAUGGUGAAUCAGACAAGGAGGGGGCUUUGAGCAUAAUAGCUUGUGUACCCAUCUCUUCCCUCAUGACAGGGUUCCCUCAUUGGUUGAAUAGGAGAGGAAGGAGUAAAGCUCUCGUCCCGUGGGUCUUGUUGGGCCCUAGCUAUUGUUACUUAUUAGGUCUUCCAUAGCAUGAUUAUACCUUGAUCUAAUCACCGUGUGUAUACAAAGGGAGGAGGGCAGUCCUUGAGGGGGGGCUGGGAGAGAAAGAAAGAGAGAGAGAGAGAGAGAGAGAGAGAGAGAGAGAGAGAGAGAGAGAGAGAGAGAGAGAGAGAGAGAGAGACUUAUGUUGGGCCAAUCUAUGAGGAGUAAUUACUUUCUACUAAGGGUGCCCCUUCCCUUCCGCCACAGGACUCCGUUUCAAAGAUGGCUUCGUGCGAUGUUUCUCAACCCUUGGAAAUCGAUCAGCCGGUUCCGAUGGCUCUGAAACUGCAUAAGUACAAGCCCAAUUGUCAUACGAUGCUCGUGUUUACGGUAUUGUUGUCUGUGGCGAUAAUGGCGAUUCUCUUAAACUUGGACCUGGAACCGCCAAGAUUCCCUGUUACGAUAAGCCACCCCUUGGGAGGGGCCUCACGGGACUGGUUGAGUUCCACCUCUUUUCUGUCGAGGGAACCGAACCCUGUGCAAAGCGCGGGACGUGGUAGGACACGAACAAUUCUGAUGAACAAUCAGUUAGCAAAACACCCAGAAGGCACUGUCGUUGAUGGAACGGUUGCGGAGAAAGCGACACGGAAUGAAGCGUCCGCUCUUGUUGUGAACGGAAGACCAGAUUCUUCGGGGGGUACGGCAGCACCUCAGAACUCGUCGAUCGUUCUCGUUGGUAACAGGACAGCGGAGUCUUCUCCCCAUGUGCAGCCCAUCCGGAACGAAACGAUGGCGUCCGAUGCGCAAAAGGAGCGUGUUGGGUCUUCUCACGACACGGAGAAGAAGGACGGAUACAACUCGACAAUUGUGGUUGCGGGGAACCGAACCACGGACUCUUCACGUGAUGUCCAGUUGCGAGGGGAUGACUCACAACUUACUCAGAAGGAGACAGUGGUGCCUGUGCAGAAAGAGGUGGCCCUCGAGGCGUCUCACGACCUGCCGAAGCACGUCAGCACAGUGAUUGUGCUUGUCGUGAACAAGACCGUGCUUGUGGUGAAUGGAACUGUGCAGUCUUCUCGAGACUCGCGGGCGGCCGCGAAUGCCACUAAGCUUCCUGCUACAGUUACCGAGCAAGGUCUUGUCGAUGACAGGACGAGGGAGUCGUCCCCCAAUGCGCAACCUAAUGGCAACGGAACAAUAGCGCCUGAUGUGAAGAAGCAGAGUGUACAGUCUUCUCAGGACGACGUGGAGAAGAAGGGUGGUGAAAAUGCCACAACUGUGGUCGCGGGAAACAAGACCAUAGAUUCUUUGCCGCAGGACGUCCAGUCACGAGGGAACGAUGCGCAACCUACUCCGAAGGAGACGGCGGCGCGUAUGCAGAAGGAGGAGACUGGGGAGUCUUAUUCCGACUUGCAAAAGCGCAAUCAAAGCGCAGCAGUGGUUGCUGUUGUGGCGAACAAACCCGCGGAUUCUUCUCAGGACGCUCAGCCACCAGCGAACAUCACAAAGCUUCCUCCCACCACUUCUACGUUGAAUUCGAGUACUGGUGGUGCUUUUGCCGCGAUCCAGCAACAGAUCUCAAAGCUCGUGGCGGAGGGAAAGCUUGGACGUACGAUAAAUGAGAAACUAUUGAAUUCGACGGGCGGAUCUGGGGAAGGUGCUGCGGGGAAUCCACUGGAAGGGAAUGGCGCUCGUCUGAUCGAACCGGUCAAAACAGAGGAGGCUCAUCAGGACUCAAAUACGGCCCCGCCCCCCCCGGUUAUCCCGACGCAAACACUGGUGGUGUCUCCCGUUCAGGCUGAGGCGCCUCAUCAGGACUCAAAUACGGCCCUGCCCCCCCCGGUUAUCCCGACGCAAACACUGGUGGUGUCUCCUGUUCAGGCUGUGCAACCAGCUCCUGUUAUCAACCAGCCUCCGUUUGAAUUUGGCCAUGGAAUACCUCCUCAUGUUGGGACAUUGGAGGAUUACAUGAUCUCCAUUGAUAUGGGGGGGGAUUGUGUGAAGGGUUUUGAGUGCAAGUUCACGUUGACGACGAAACUCUACUACACAGCAGUGGCUUUCAACAGAGAGAUAAUGGUGCUGCUAGACGGUCCAGAGCUCCUGGUACCGGACAUCGAGAAUACGGUGACUUAUCGAACGUGGUGUGCAUCAUUCUGGCCAUGGGCAGCAGGUGCUUACAAUGUCCAGAUCCGAUCAGACUGCGCAGGGAUUCUCAUGGCGACCAGUUUCUCGCUGGUCGUCCAUGAGCCAAACGUCUCGGUCGCGGAACAAAACGAGCGGAGACCAGCAUCUCCAUGCGAAAAGGGUACCCGGGGGCGUUGGUUUCGUACACCGAGCGGUGUUUACGUCUGGAAGACCUGGGAAGAGUGCGACCCUGAUCGUGCGCAGCCAUCGAACUGGGUGGCACUUCUGAAUUCGCGUGGUAUUCGCGAGAUCAACUUUGUCGGCGAUUCGCACUUGCGCGUGCUGUCGCAGCAUCUCCGAACCCUCGUCGAGGGCGGCUUCAGUCUCAACCAUGUUGGUUAUCAUGGUGAUAUUUUCCACACCAUUGUAGGAGAAAAUGGCACAAGCCUGACGCUCAACUUUUAUUGGGUGGACGGGAUCUACCUGAACAACGAGUUUGGAUGCAUAAAUAGGGGAAUGUUCUCGGGGCGACAGGGCGAAUUCCCGUCCAACAUCUCACAGACAGCGGACAUUUUGAUCUCGAACUCGGCGGCAUGGACCUGGGCGUAUUGUGUGCAAGCGAAGGAGGCGUACGACAAGCAUUUCCCGGAGUACGUAGCGUGGAUAAAGUCAUCACUCGGCCCGAAGACGAAAUGGGUGGUGAGGAGCGAAGCGCCCUUUAACGGACACGACCUAGGCUGUUCGAGGAGGACGAACAACGGCAUGAGGUACGCCAACAACAUGGCGAGAGAAACGGCGAAGAAAGAAGGGGCGGAGUUCUUUAACGCUUGGAACAUCGAGGGGGCUCGUUUUCUGGAGAAUUGUGGUGCCUAUGACCCGCAUUAUUCUUGUCCGUACACCUUUUUGGGUGUUGCGAAGAUGUGGGGCCCAGUAGGAGAGGCUGUUGUCACUGAUUUUAUGCACCUUUUGAUUUACGGCUUGAAGCACUAACCCUUGGCUGUUCAGCAAAGGUGGGGACCACCAGAUAUAGAGGAAGAGAACCAACUUCAGUAGAACUGGUCGUCGUUUCUGUGUGUUUGUGUGUGAACAACGGCGAAGAGAGAGAUGUGCUUCGAGUAGGUUAGGGAGUUGGUGUCUGAAGAUCAUGUGUUGUUGUUCACGGAGGUCUGUGGCGGUGGGGUGGGGUUUGAAGAGGCGAGAAAUGCGCAUUUCCAGAUGUGCUUCGAGUAGGUUAGGGAGAGGUUCUCUUGAUCGGUUCCACUAGGGUUUACAGCACCCAUAGCGUUUGUCUAUUUUCAAGGGAGAUUUUCAUUGGCAAUAAUGUGGUCCUCGGGGGCGUUGAGAUGCUGAGGCCUUUAGCAAAUCACCCAAAUUCUCCCCCACCACCAAUGACUUGUUGAUGCUGGCUGUCUUUGUGAAUAGUGUGGACACGCCGCGGAGACUAUUCAUGUGCAGCAACACCACAAGUCUUUGUGAAUAAUUUGGCGUUUGGCCUCUUAACCUCCCUCUUAAACCCCUCCUUCUAAAUUGGCAAAACCCCAUAUGUCGGAUGCCAGUAGUUCUUUGUGUGACCCUUUGGUGUGACACUGUGAGACACCUUGUGACUGCGUGACAUGGCAGCUUUGGCAGUGUGAUAUUAUGUGACCUGCCAAAAAUUGAGAGUGUGGCACUUGUGACAGGGCAACUGGGAGGAGGAGGGGAUGUGUACCUGGCGUGGAUCACAGGGUAUGUUCAGGGCGUGUAUGGCUGAACCUGGCUUGGAUCACAGGAUAUCUUCAGGGUGUAUAUGGUGUGAUACAGCGUGUUGUGACACAACAUGACGUAAGGCGGCGAGACCUCACACGUCACAUGAUGCGACAAGAUAUAGAAAAGUUUAUUUGAGCGUUAGAUGAGACUUCAUGAAAACGGGCCCGAACUUUCAUUAAAUUUGAAAUUUCAUUCACAGGUUCACACAAGGGCCUGCCUGUUGGUAGGGACUCAGGAGUGAAGACCGCGGAACCUAUCGGAAUAGCGCUAGAGCCUAGUGGUGCCAGUCACACAGGCGGGGCAGGAUGUAGGAUAAGAUAGCAUUAGAUGAAAGGGGGGUCAGGACUUUUAUUUGAUUCACCGAAGGGCCUGCUUAUCGGUAGGUAGGGCAGACUGCGGAAGCUGGGCCGACAACGUAGUGGCACCAGACACACGGGUGCUGCACGAGAGUGUCACAGAGGAGAGUGUCGCAGAGGAGAGUGUCACAGAGGAGAGUGUCGCGUGACUCUGUCUUAUCCUACGAUGCCCCCAUCAGGGGGAGUAUCUAGUUAGACUGUUAGAGGCAUCUCAGCAUGCAACUCGUGUUUUUUUCUCCGAGUGUUCGAUGGUUUGUUCCUGUACCAGGAAUGAGUAGCAAGCGCCGGAUGCAUUUUUUUCUUUUCUUUUGCACACAAGGUUUGUGGUGUGGCGGCCGCGGCUUUGAGUUUGGCAAGUGUGGAUGCAACAGUGCAACUGUUCUGUCCGCGCGACGAUUGCGACAUACGCCUCGGUGAGUGUUGAUUGAUUUCUUGUUUUUUUUGGGGGGGGGUUAUUGAUUCCUGUCGCGACAUUUUGUCGU